AUGCUUUUCUUUCUGCACUUCCUCAUACUACUGCUUUCUAACACUGCCGUGUCCCAACAACAGGAGUGCGAUGGAACGUUUAAAAGACCCGCAAGACCGGAGGACCAUCCGGCAUUUAGCGAUCUCGGGCGCGACCAGUUCGAGUCAAUCACUAAUUGUCCAGCUGCAGAUGUCGACUGCUGCGAGGACGGAACUCUUUCUUGCUACAACUGGACUUACAUUACGUGCUCGUGCCGCGAGGACUGCGAGGAGUUCGGCGACUGUUGCUGGAAUUGUGAGAACAAAUCGGUGGACGUAGACCUGGCUUCUCUGAACACCUCGAGGUGGGCCUGUACCAGCUUAGACCUUGAAGGCAACGUGACAAAGAACUUUUUGCUGGUUUCGCGGUGCAACAAUUUGUGGCCCGUGCAAGACGACGUUCGCGAACGCUGCGAAGAUGCGGAUUUCAAUCCCGGUGACAUGUUCUUCAGGAUUCCGGUAACGAGCCUGCGAUCAAGGGUGACACACCGCAACGCCUUCUGCGCGUUCUGCAACUACGACCUGGAUGAAGUCGUUUUCUGGGAAGUGGCAGUCGUAGGGAGUAGGAGAGAGCAUAAGCUGCGACCUCCUGCGUUCAUAUCGGCAAACUUCGACAGAUACAUGCGCCAGUGCAGCCAACUCCCUCUUAUUGGAGACUGUCCUGUGGAAACGAAUUCUACCGUGACGCGCUCCUGUUGGGCCUUUUACGCGCCCGUUAUCGAAGAAGCGUCCGGCUCAACGUACUACAAAAACGCGUACUGCGCUCGCUGCCACGGAGCCAACCUGACAGCGACGUCAUGCCUACCUCCCGAGAAGACAACGACGACACUGCGCGUAGAAGUGAAGGUUAGCAUCAGCCUGCCGGAUCUCGACCUUUCCUCUAUAUUCCGAACGGUCGACAGAAAUAGCACCUGCUUCUCGUCAUACAACGGAGUGUGCUACAUCCAACAGGUGACCUACCGGUACGCGAACGCUUCGACGUCUAAUCCGAACACGGCCAUCUUGAUUCGCGGCUACUUGACCAUCGUCUGCAUUUCGGUCUCACUGAUAUGCCUGGUUCUCAAGUUAGUGGUUUACCUCAUGUCUAAGGAAUAUCGUACGUUCUCGUCUCGCUGUAUGUGCUUAUCCAUGACGUUAUUUUUUACUCAACUGUUCUUCCUUGUCUUUAACGUAACGAACUUCGGCCGCGAUGUGUGCGUCGCAUCCUCCGUGGUCGUACACUUUGGCUUCCUGUCGACGGCCUUCUGGACUACCGUGUUGUCUUACGACAUAUGGAAGACACUGAUUCUCGUCCGACGACCUAAGGGUAGCUGGAAAAGCCUCGUCCGGUACGCCUUCGCUGGAUGGGGUUCGCCUCUAGUAGUUGUUGGCGUGGCUUCCAUAUUAAACUGGACAAAGGGUGACUCGCCACUGUCACCUUCAUACGGCAUGUCUCGCUGCUUUAUAAAUAAGAAGUGGAGCCACGUCGCAUUUUUCCUGGCCCCCAUGUUAGGGCUCCUGUUCGUCGACAUCGGAUUUUACCUGCACACAGUCUUCACCAUUCGAAAGACAGAGUCGCAGUCUCAGAAGUUCGACUUCAAGGCGAACGAAAAACCUUCGAGGAUCUUGCUCUUCGUGAAGCUGGCAUCCAUCAUGGGCGUCUCCUGGCUUCUAGGCCUCGUCAGCGGGCUCGUCAACUCGCUCCUCAUGGACUGCGUCAGUAUCGUCUUCAUUGGGCUACAAGGUGUUUUCCUGUUCUUCGGCUUCAGAGAUCACAGGCACGUCUCCCAAAUGGUGUCUUCCUCUUCGUCUCUGGUAAGCGGACUGUUGACGUAUUCUCGAUCACGAUCCUCGACGACGGCGACGACAGAUGUCACUUUGGGCGUCCACAUACCUACCAUUCAUGGAAGUAGUCACGACCGCCGGACGUCGGAUGACGUGGCCUCCGCUUGA